GCCGGGGCGGCGGUCCGCGAGGAGCGGCUGGGGCCGGCGCAGCCAUGUCCGAACUCAGUGAUGAAGCCAGCGAGCCGGAGUUCCUGAACCGCAGCUUGUCCAUGUGGCAUGGGCUGGGCACACAGGUCAGCCGGGAGGAACUGGAUGUCCACUUGGAUCUUCACACAGCUGCCUCUAUUGGCCAGUAUGAGGUGGUGAAGGAGUGUGUGCAGCGGAGAGAGUUAGAUUUGAAUAAGAAGAAUGGUGGUGGCUGGACCCCGCUGAUGUAUGCCUCCUACAUUGGACACGAUACCAUCGUGCACCUGCUGCUCGAGGCAGGGGUGAGUGUGAAUGUGCCGACCCCAGAAGGGCAGACUCCACUGAUGCUGGCCUCCAGCUGUGGCAACGAGAGCAUCGCCUACUUUCUCCUCCAGCAAGGUGCAGAGCUGGAGAUGAAAGACAUUCAUGGCUGGACUGCACUUUUCCACUGUACCAGUGCCGGGCACCAGCAGAUGGUCAAGUUCCUCCUGGAUAGCGGAGCAAACGCCAACGUAAGGGAGCCAGUCUAUGGAUUUACUCCUUUGAUGGAAGCAGCUGCUGCUGGCCAUGAGAUAAUUGUGCAGUAUUUUCUGAAUCACGGAGUCAGAGUGGACAUGAGAGAUCAUAGUGGAGCCACGGCCCGGAUGCUGGCCAAGCAAUAUGGACACAUGAAGAUUGUGGCCUUGAUAGACAGUCACUCGCCUGCUCUGCCUAAGAACCUCUACCGGAGCCCAGAAAAAUAUGAAGAUCUGAGCUCUUCUGAUGAGUCUUACCCUGUUGCUCAGAGACAGAGGCCCUGUCGCAAGAAGGGCCUCAGCAUCCACGAGGGGCCUCGCGCCUUGGCCAGGAUCACAGCAAUUGGACUUGGAGGCGAGGCCCCGCAGCCCCAUGGUGAGCAGCUGCCUCCACGGGGCUACAUGACCUUCACCAGCAGUGAUGAGAACCCCCUGGAAGGUGAAGGCCUCUGCUACCGGGACGUCACCUCCCCCAUCAAUGAGCGGGACGUGGAGAGCAGCAGCAGCAGCAGCCGGGAGGAGCCUGUUUUCUGUGCCAGCCUCGGGGCUGUGCGAAGCAGCAGCAGUGAGGGCCUGGUGAGAGCCCAGGGGCUCAGCAGUGAAGCCUCCCUGGAGAGCAAUGAGGAUUCAGAUCAUGUCCGUAAAAGCUCCGUUCGCAGACAAACCAAGAGUUACGUGAAGACCAAGAAUCGUUCCAGCACCAGUGAUGGCCAGUGGCCUCCCAGCUCCGGGACUUGUGGAACAGCCUGUUCCCCAAGAUGUGUGCCCCAAGCUGAGAGGUCAUCCUACACAGGACCCCAGGAUCUUGCAACACUGCUGGAGCAGAUUGGCUGCCUGAAGUACCUGCAGGUGUUUGAGGAGCAGGAUGUGGACCUCCGCAUCUUCCUGACCCUCACUGAGAGUGACCUGAAGGAAAUCGGUAUCACGUUGUUUGGGCCUAAAAGGAAGAUGACCUCUGCCAUUGCCCGCUGGCACAGCAGUGCCCGUCCCCCAAGUGAUGCCCUGGAGCUGGCCUAUGCUGACCGACUGGAGGCCGAGAUGCAGGAGCUUGCCAUCCAGCUGCACAAGCGCUGUGAGGAGGUGGAGGCCAUGCGUGGCCAGGUGUCCCAGGAGCAGGAGUUGCGGGCUGUGGUGGAGAGCUGCCUGUUGGAGCAGGAUGGCGCUCGCAAGAACGUCCACACCCAGCUUCAGGAGACCUGGGCCCUGGCCCAGGGUGCCACCCUUGUCCUGGAGCAGCUACGAGCCUGUCAAGCUGAACUGUCAGCCCGAGUGAGGCAGGACCAGCCCUACAGUGCGACCACCCUGGGCCCAGGCCACCCAUUGGCAGACUCCAAAGGCUGGCAUGCAUCCCUGCAGGCCAUGAGCCUCCCUGAGCUGUCGGGAGCCCUGGAAGACUGUGUCCAUGAGAUGGGACGAGCACUGUGCUCAGUGACCCAGAGCCUGGAGAAGCUGCAGGUGCUCAACGGGAAGGAGAAGUGGCGGGAUCCCUAACCAGGAAGGAUGAAUCUGACGUUGGGUGAUCGAUCCACCCUGAAGUUGUGUGCCAGGAAGACCAGAGGGCAGGCCAGGCCCAAGGUGGGGCUGAGAAUCAGGCCCCAGGGAGCAAUCUGCAGACAGAGGCGGAACUGGGGCUGUGGCCCCUGCCAGGCAGCAAAGUCAGCACUGAGGAAAGGAUGAGGGCUUCUCACCCAGAAUCCGGUGGUAAGGCCCUGAGCUCAUGGGCUGCCAUGUCCAGACCAGGCAGGCCCUGGAGAGACGGUAUCCCACACAAGUAGGCACCUCACCAAGGUCUGACCUCAAGGUGAGGACCAGGAUGCCUAGAAAAUGUGCCAUUUGUUGGAGAAUAAAAUUUACAUCGGCUGAUAAGGG